AAAUAAACCUAGGCUACCAGUGCAAAGGUCGCCAAUGGCGGGCUCGUAGUCAAUUCCCUGGCCGCGCCUCAGCAAUAAUGACUGGUGGACAUAGUCUGUAUGAGGCAAACGUAGUUUCCACACUGCCUGGCCAUGGAUCAGAUAAGGGGAAAUUUGGUGUGCUGGGGCCUUCUACCAACCACCUUUGUGUAGUGACUGAUGACCAUGUGCAAAUUGCCACACUUUCUGUUUCUAGCCCAUUGCAGCCAGCUGUCUACAAAUUUGAGUGUCAAGUAGACUGUGUUGGCUGGAGUGAAAAGGAAAGCCUUCUCGUGGUUGCAGACAGGAACGGUGUUCUUCAUUUUGUGAGUCCUUCCCUCCAGGAAGUACUCUUCUCACAGCUCACUAAAUAUCAAAUUACCAUGACGAUUGACGAGUGGGCACCAAGUAGUCUAAUUAUAUGGAACUGUGAUGUUGGUGUUGCAGCCGCAUCAGACCAAGAGAAGGUGUUUUCUUCUGUUCAGUUUUCAAACUCCAGAGAGUCAGAGUUGUCCUCUCUUUAUGUGCUCCUGUCCAUGGGAGUAGUGCUUAUUUUCAAGAACCUGCCUUUCAACCAACUCAGUGAAGCCAUAAGAGAGAAUGAUUUGCAGCUCAUGAAACAGCUUAAGGAUGACAUAGUCUGGUCGAGGCAUGACAUAUCUGCUGAGCAUGACACUUGCUCAUCCUUCCUCCUCCCACUGGCCACUCCCACCCCACGCUCCCCUGCCAGCUUUGUUACAACUGGUUGUGGUGCAAGUGGGCUGUGUGUGUGGAGAGAGAGCGGUGAUAGUGGACUGGAGAUCGUCGACUGUGUGUCAUGUCUACUCAAAGGUGUGUGCAUUGCCAGAUGCGAGGUGACGAGAAAUGACAAGUACUUGGUGACACUCUGCAGCACUGGGAGCCUGGCAGUGUGGAGCCUCCAUUCAUUAGUAAUGGUCAACCUGUGGACAUCUGGCCAAGUGGUGAAGGAUCUCUCGCUGUGUGCCACUGCUGGAUUAGAGGGAGGGUCCGACCAAGCGUGUCUGCUCACGGAAAACUCGUCUGGAGGGACGACACUGAUCCUUGCCUCCCUGCCUGGACUACACGCACUCUACUCCCAAGAGGUCUCCUCAACUGCUGCUCUGGUGCACGGAACUGUUACUGAGGACUGUGUGUACUACACUGAGUUGGAGGGUGGAAGUGUGGUUGUGAGGCAGCUGGUGCAAGCACUGCCUGAGAAGAGGCUGGCCACGCUCAUUGGUCAGGGGAGGUUCGAUGACGCUGAGACACUCGCUAAGAAGUUCAAUCUGGACCCUGAGUUGGUGUACAAGACAAAGGCCCAGGUGCUGAACAGCGUGUGGAUCAACAAGACUAUAGCAGGAGAGGAGGCAGCCGAGGUGCACACUAACCUGUUGCAGUGUGUGAAGUGUCUACAGGAUGGAGUGUUUGUAGCUGAGCUGUUCCUGUCCUCCCAAUAUCCCACCCUGACCAUGACUCUGGACACUUUGCACUUGGCUAAAAACAAACUGAAGAAUGAUUCUGAAAAAAGUGGUGAAAUCAAAUCUGCACAACUCAAGGUUUUUUCAGCUCUUAACAAGAUAGUCACGUUCCAAAUGGUACACAGUCAAGAAGAGUUUUGCCCGAGGUCAUGGCACUGCUUCCUAUUAGGGAGCUUGCUGGAUCAUCUCAGCACCUACUUUCACUCUGGAAAUCUAAACAAGUUAGCCCUCAUCUGGAACAGGCAUAUGAGUGAGCUCAUGACUCAGCUGGGUGGAAAUGACUUGGUAUCCUUGUUGAGGAGUCUCCCUGAGUGUAUUCCGUCGGCUGAACUGGGGGCGUGGCUCUCUCGCAGUGUGGUGCCUUUCAUUCUACAGCACACCCCUCAAGUACUGCCCAACUUUUUGGACUGGGCUCAAAGUAGAGUGAGACUGUUGGAGCUCUCAGAAAAGGAGCAAUGGCCGCAGAAUGGACUGAAGUUGUGCGAUUAUAUUCUAGAGGCUGUGAGCUGUUUUAAAAAUCCCCUCACAAAAAUGGCUUUACGAACCACUUCUAUCAUUCUAGAAGACUCAGUGAACCCAGAUAGUUCUGUGCUGAGUGGCCUCAAGUGUCUGCAGGGGAGACUAAGGGACCUGUGCUACCUGGAAACCAUUCUCUGCUGCAGUCUCUCCCUGGCUGAACACGAGAAGGACACUCGAAAAGUGGUGGUGUUUCGGUUGCUAGACAAGGCUGUUGCUGCUGAGUUGGUAUCCACCACCAUUCUACAUAAGGUGGCUCCAUACGUGCAGAGACAUGGACUCGAUCUAGACACUGUGCUCUUGAGCUACGUUAAGCUGUUCCUGUCUCAGUCUCCUCGCUUCUCCACUAGUCUCACUGACAGUCCUUACGAGGCCAAGGCCAUCACCCUUGUACACGCUAUCAAGGACAAAGAGCUCUACGUUACUGGGUGUAUUGAGGUGCUCAAGUAUGUACGCACGCCAUGGAGUGAGAGUGUGGAGGAACUGGUACAGAGAUGUUUGAAGGUGGACCACCCUCACGUGGCCAUGCUGGAGAAGCAGUACCAACUGUUGCAGCUCAAGAAACUAUUGCAUGGAUACGGAAUCAAAGAUGUCAAUUUCUCUGACACAGCCUCUUCUUUAAGAUGGCUUUAUAUUCGUCGAAUCUUGUCCUCUGAUGAGCCAGCUUCUUUGGAGGAUGCCAUGAAGGUGGCUGAUAUGUACCAUCUCUGCCCGACAGAGGUCUACAAGAUUCAUGUAUUCAAUCUAGGAAUGAACGGAAAAAUCAUUACAGCUAGUGAGGUGUUGAGGGGCCUCUCCAGAACUGAUCUCAUAGCCACCGCAGUCUCAGUGUUUCAACUGGCUUCCAAUAAACUCCAGCUUCCCUUCCAAAAUGGCGUGGAUGAUCCUGAAGAGCACAUAUCAGCUACUAGUGUUGCUUUGCUUUGCCUGAGCUUAUUGAAAGAGACUGGGUGUCAUGAGGACUGUGUUCUGAGUGAAGAUUGGAUCAAUAUCGAUGCAACUAUCAGUCUCUAUGAACAGCUUCUCUCUUUACAGGUCAAGUACUCAGUGUUUCUCUCACCUAACUCGCUUGCUGACAAGGAGGCUUGUGACCAGCUCUUCCAGAAAAGAGUCAACGAUUUUGCUGACAGUCUGUGUUUGCACGAGAAUAGUCCGAAGCUAUUUCACGCUGGAAGCAGGUUUGCCUCACUGUUGGGCUACACUGAGCAGCAGUUUUCUGAAUCUGUUGCUGCUGAAUGUGCCAGAAGAAUGGACCUCAAGCAAGCCAAAACUAUUUGGUGGGAUCUACUGAGAGGUUCUCCUGAUAGCUUCUCCUCUGCUCUACUGCUGUACACAGUGCAGCAGGGAUGGGCGUUGAUGCAGAGUGACCCAGGCUCUGUGAGUGGGAGGGAGAUCAAAGAGCUAAGGGACUUGGCAGCUCAAGCCAUGACUAUAGCAGACACAGGUGUUCUCUUGUCGGCUGUGGAGGUGUACAGUGGCUGUAUCCUGCUAUGUGAACUACACUCCCAGUGUGAGGGGGCAGCCCCAGAUCUGGAGGUCAGUGAAAGUGAACCUGCUGGCAUCACGUCUGGUGUGCCAGCCCACUUCAGAGAGGAUGGUCUGGUGUUAGAUCAGCAGAAAGUGCUGCCGGCCGCUGUGAAGUUUGUCCAGGCCAGAACACCUCUGCUCACUAGUCUGGAGACACGACUACUACCAACUGCAUUCUCAGGUGAUACUGAUGUAGUGCUGGAGUUGUCUUCGGAGUUGAGUCAAGCUCUACAAGACAAUGGGCACAUUCAACUCAGCGUCCUCUGUACAAUGCAGACCCUUCCCUGUCACUGCGGCUAUGCUGGGGUGACCACUCAAACACUGCUAGAGACAGAGCAGAAAACACUCUCGGGGAUGCUGCUCACACUCACUGGAAAGGUGUUGUCGUCUCGUAAGCUGGACCAUGAAUAUGCUCUCUCCCUGCUGUUGAUGCUACCUCCUCAAGUUGCCGCUCAAAAACUGCAGGGCAUUCGCUUCAAGAGCAUCAGCAGCUACUCCAGAGUUAUUUCUUUGUGCAACCUGGCCUUAGACUACGGCUGUAUAACCAACCAGACCCAGCUGAGCAAACAGGCUGGCACCAUUCGUAGCAGUGCUGAGUGGGGUAAGAGACUGAGUAAAGUUAAGAUCUCCUUCACCGAGGCGUUCAGGGGAGGAAACGAAGAGAAAAUGAAAGUGACUACCACUCUGUUCAGAAGCAAUCUGGCUGACAUUGAAACUGUACUGCAGUACACAGGUGAGGUGCUUGGAAGCAAUCCUCAAUCGGUGUUGCUGGCCUAUCUGAGGGUGGUGCUCACUGAGUGGGCAGAGUCAGAGGCGUGGCUAGACAGAGCAGCAUCUCUACUGGGUCUCAUUACUAAUAGCCAUGAACUGCUCGCCAGCAUCCUGAGCUCUAAGGUAUCUCCCUAUGACUAUGAGCGAAUAACUUUCAUCCUGCAAAACCUGGUCAAUGGAGAGCAAGUUUCUGGCCUCAAAAUUGAGCAGGGUCUGCUGUUGCUGGACUGUCUCAGGUGCUACUCUAGAGGGAGCCUUCCCUCGGAAGCUGAGAAGAACUGGUAUUCUAGUCACUACCUACAACCGUCCAACUCUACUGAGCCUACACUUCACGAGGUCCAAUUGCCUCCUCAGGCCACGGACAGGCUACCAUUCCACUGCCUGCUCUAUGCUUCCCCCAUGGACAUUAUCGGACCGGAGCUUUCUGCUUCAACCAUUUCCAAGCUCAUACCAAUAGCCAAGAUAUUGAAGUUGGAUGGAGACGAUUUUUAUUCCUUGGCCAUAAAGAACAUAGCAAGCUCAUCAUGUGAUAGUGGUGUGACAAUAAGUCCAUCAAAGACUCGGUUUGGCAGCCUGGCGGACUUGUUGGUUCAUAUUAAGAACACUAACCUUGCCCUCAGUAUCACAAAGUGGCUUGCAAAACAACUGCAUACAGACGAAGAGAGAGUGGCAGCCCUGAAGACAGCAGUAUCCAUUGCUAAUAACUGGAAAGAGCAAGCACGCACCGAGAGUAAUUAUCAGCUGGCCAAUGAGAAGCUUCAAAUGUUCACUACACUGCUGAAGAUAACACAGACAGACCAACUGCUCCACCAGUACGGUCUGGGGGACCUGAAAGAGCUCUCUGCCCAAGGAGCCCUUCUUGUCAUCAAGCUAUUCACUGAUGUCCCAGUAUCUAAACAGCAACCUGUCCCUGAAGUGCACUCCUUGGCGGCUGAGAUUGCCAGGGUCCAUCGCAUCAGUUUGGACAAGAUCAAAGCAAAACUCACUGAGACUUGGCUGACAACAUCGAAGGCAGAAAGUAAAGACAUGGACAUCACUCAGAUGUCCCUAAUGGAGGAUCCCACUGAAGAGAGCGAUGGAGAGAGUGAGGAUGACCUCAACUUCAAAAGGUUGAAAUACUUGCUGAACGUCCCUGAUCAGCUAGAGGCAAGUGUAACAACGCUGCUUCAAUGGGCAAAGCACACAGUGUCCAGCUCUAUUGGCAACCUCUCGAGAGUGAAGGCUCUGCAGGUCCUCUUUGCAAUUGCCCCCGAUAGUCUCAUACAGAGUGUCAGUGGGACCUCUGUCAGCGAUGUACGUGAGUAUAUGCAGUGUACUCUUUUUGCUGCUGAGCUGGAGAGACUGCACAUGUCUACCUCGAUGCCAGCGUUCCAGGCCUGCAGUAAAGAAGGUCUUGUCAAAAGCCUCUGGAGGAAUCACUCACAAGAACCAAGGGCGCUGAGACUCAUUGGAGAGUUGUGUUUGCACUAUUCAAUCAAAGAUGGGAGCCUGUGGAGCAAGCUACUCCAGGCCUUGUUCAAACUGGGAAUGUUGCCCUACCUGAGGCAUGUAUUGAAAACUCUCUCCUCGUGUCCUGACCAACUGUGGGAUAUUCAGAUUAUGCCGUCUUUGUGGGAACAUGUUAUACUUUUUCCAUUCCAAGACGCCUCCGCUCCCCUCUCUGUGUUCCAACAAGAUGAAUGCGCAGAAUCUCUCAGAAUGCUCAUGGGAUGUCCUUUCUUGUUUGAGUUGGAUGUCACAAGGAUCAGUGGAGCAUUCCACAGUGUUGGACUACUUGAUCAUGCACUAGUAGCUACACUGGUUAUGUCUAGGGAGCAAAACAGACAAGAUACCAUAAAGAGUAUACUUGACAAAAUGAGCCCAGAAAGUCUGGUCACAUUCCUUAACAAUGUCGGCAACAGUCCUGCUGUUUCUGAUUAUAAGUUGCAAGUCGAGGAGCUGGUCUACCUCUACGUAAACUCCAGUGAGAGGCAUCAGGUGUUGGUGGGGUCGGACUAUUUCACAUCCUACGUGUACUUCCUGGUAACCAGGAAAAUGGUCGAUGGACUACUCAUAAAGUCUUUGCAAGCAAACAUGAUUUCUGAGGCUAUACGGCUAGUGGAACUGUACAACCAGCAUUAUAGUGUGUCCACUCUAUCUGGCUUGGAAUUGCUAAAGGAGUACAUAGAAACCAGAAAUCUCUCAGAACUCAAUAACUUUAUUUUAUAGCCAAGCACUGUAGCAAUAAUUAUUUGCAGCAAUUUUUCAUUUAAAUCUACUUGGAAACCACAAAAUAAAUUGAAUAAAAGUUUAUGUGCAUACAAUAAUUAUUAUUGAAACAA